GUGUAGCCCGCAGUUGUCUGCAUCACCUGGCGUUCCGCCUAGGCGUGGAGACAUGGCAGGAGGACUGGCGGCAGUUGUACGGCAGUGGCGGUGGCGAUGGCGGUUGUGAUGCAACCGCCGCUGUUGAUCCCGGCGCUGAUUUGGCUUUGCCGGAUAACGACACAGUAGCGACGGAUGCCGGUGCUGAUGAGCAGGUUGAUGCUGGGGGCAAGUCCACAUCUGGGGUUGCUGACGAGAUGGAGGAUGUCGUUAUGGAAGAUGCUGCCACCAGCGCAAUGAACCAGCGGCAGCAGGUGCAGGUGCGGCCAACAUCCGUCCAGAGAGCAAAGAAACUUGAACCCACCAUAGCCAAGACCGCCGCUGGAGGUGGUGCCAGAGCGGUGCUGCCGAGCUGCACUGCUGCUGUUGCGACUGCCGCGGCUGCCGGUGCCGCCGGGCAGGCUGCGGUUCAGCUGGAGGCACCCAUGGAUGAGGAGGAGUGCAGGCGGUUCGUGGAGUCCAUUCGUCGCGAGGAGUUCGGAGUGGGUGUGCCGCUGGCGGGUGAGGCGGCCCAGCUGAGCGGCCGUCUGGCAGCCCGCACGGGUCGCGCGCUGCAGCGGCUGGCUGCGGAGCUGUACUCCUCGGACAGCCACUUUGUGAUGGAGCUGGUGCAGAACGCGGACGACAACCGCUACCCACCCGGCGUGGUGCCCUCCCUGGAGUUCCUGUUGCAGCGGGGCGCCAUCACCGCCGCCAACAACGAGGCGGGGUUCGCGCCGCAGCACCUGCGGGCUCUGUGCGACGUGGGCGCAUCCACCAAGGCGCGAGUCACAGGCUACAUUGGCCAGAAGGGCAUUGGCUUCAAGAGCGUGUUCCGAGUCAGUUCCGCGCCCCAGGUCCACUCCCGCAACUUCCAUGUCUGCUUCGACCUCUCCCGCCACGGCUCCCUGGGCUAUUGUCUGCCCGACUGGUGCCCGCUGACACCGGGUUCCGGAGCCGCGGCCGCACUCACACGACUGGGCUGCGGUGGCGGCGACAGCAGCAGCAGCAUUAGCGGAAACGUUCGGCAGCAGCAGGAGCUGCAGCUUUCGGAGGAGUUCUUUCCGUACGGUACGGCCAUUGUGCUGCCGUUACGGCACGACAUGGCAGGACAUGGACGGGAUACGGGUGCUGCUGCUGCUGCCACUGCUGGUGGUGAAGAUGGUGGUGGCAGUGGUGCUGCUGGCGGUGGCGGUGGCGGUGGGGAGCGGGGAGCCGUAUUGCGACGGCGUUUUGCGGACCUGUCGCCCACACUGCUCCUCUUCCUGCAGCGCCUGCAGCGAAUAACUGUACGGGAUGAGACGGGGGAGGCUGCGGGUGCGGCUGGUGGUGGAGAUGGUGCACGGGUGGUGGAGAUGGAGCGGCGGGGUGUGGCGGGGCAGCCCCACCUGGUGCAGCUGCUGGUGCACAAUUCCACCGCCUUGCCAGCUGGGGCACCAGCAGCGGCGGCAGCGGCAGCUGCAGCUGCGCCCUCCACGGCGGCCGCUGGUCCAGCCGCUGAAGCAGCUGGUGCGGUCCGGUCCACCAGUGCUACAACGUGGGCGGUGGUGACAGCCAGCCUGCAGCCCCAGCUGCCCCGGGCCGGCGUGGCGGUCAGCGAGACGCGCGUCUCCCUCGCCUUCUGCCUGGGUCAGGCGGUCUACCAGCCAAACAGCACCAACAGCCAACCCCAGGGCAGCCAUGCGGCUGCUGCAGGCGGGGCCUGCAGCCCCCCGCUGCUGCUGGCUCCCAGCUGGAGGGGCGGGCGGCCCCCGCAGCAGCCGGUGUUCGCCUUCCUGCCGCUUCGGAGCUACGGACUGCGCUUUGUGGUGCAGGGCGACUGGGUGGUUCCCUCCAGCCGGGAAUCCUUGGACGCAGACAGCCCCUGGAACCAGAACCUGCGCGCGCAGCUGCCGGGGCUGUUCCUCAGGGCCUUGGACGUCUUCAAGCGCCUGCCGCCACCCCUGCAGCAGCCAUCGUCCACGCCCACACCCUCACCCGCACCCACACCCGCAGCGCCCGCAGCGUGUUCGGAGGUGUUCUGGGCGGAUCAGUGGCUGCGCUGUGUGCCGCUGGAGGGGGAGGCGCAGGGCUUCUUUGCAGGGCUGCCGCACAGCAUCGCCACACUGCUCCGCGCCGCCCCCUGCAUCCCCCUGGCGGGCGGCGGCUGGGCGGCCCCCGGCGAUACCGCCGUGUGCUCCUCCUCCGCCCUCUCAGCCGAGCUGCUGGACCUCAUGUUGAUGCUGCCCCCGGGGACACAUGCGGCUGGUGCUGGUGCUGCUGGUGCUGCCCAGACGCGGACUGCUUCUACUGAGGCUGGUGGGGGUGCCGGUGCCGGCAGCAGCAGCAAGGCUGGAGGACAGGUGGAUGGCAGCGGUGGUGGGCAGGAUGGUGGGCAGCAGCGGGGGCGGCCGGCGCUGUCAGUGCUGGGGCUGCGGUUGGUGGCGCCGGAGGCCAGGGUGCUGUACGAGAGUCGGCCGCUGCGGGCGCUGCUGGGGGUGCGGGAGUUCGGUCCCAUGCAGCUGCUGGAGGUGCUCCGGGUGACCGUUCGAAGCGGCGGCUUGGCGCGAGGGGAGGUGGGGCUGCCCUGGCUAGCACGAGCCCUCUCCGCGCUGCUCGCCGCCACCGCCUCCGGCUCCGACGCCCACCACCACCUGCAGCCGCAUCACUACGGCGGCGACGCCGUGGGGCCGCAGCUGACCCGCGGGUCACUCCUGCGGGAGCUGCGCGGCUUGGCCGUCUUACCGCUCCGUGGCGGCGGUUGGGCUUCCUUGGAUGACCUUACGGCAGCAGGACGGCAGGAGCAGGAGCAGCAGGGGCAGGUCCGGGAGGCAGGACUUGCAGACGUGCUCUUCUUCCCUCUUCCAAGCAACCGAGAGACCGUACGGCAAGCGACGGCGGUCCAUGGUAAUGCAUCCAUCCACGUCCAUGCAAGCAACGGUAAACCCGACGGCGGUGCUGCAGCUGCUGCAUCAGCUGCUGCUGCCGUGGAUUUGCUGCGGCGAUGUGGGCUGCCCGCCGACCAUAUCUACUCAGCCCGCCGCAGCGGCAGCACAGCAGCCGGGGCUAGCGUCGAGGCUGGAGGGCGUGGGGAGCCAGACCGGCCUGCACUCUUGUUCCUGGAUGAGCGGCUACUCUCAGCGGCUGCAGCGGUAGCGGCGACGCAUGGUGGUGGCGGCCAGGCCAGCGUUGAGGAGCGGUCGCUGGCUGGGGAACAGCGCCGGCGGGUGCUACUGACAGGCCUCGAGGAGCUGGGCGUGCAGCACCUCACGCCCCAAGACCUUGUCUUCCGACUCGCGCUCCCCGCCCUCACCUCCGAAACCUCCUCCAUCUCGCCAGCACCUAGCACCCCAGCUCCUUCUCCCGCCGAAUCCGGCCAACCUGCACCCCUGCUGGUAUCGUACAUGGCUAUGCCGCUGCUUGCGGGCAUGCUGCUUCCUUGGCCCCCAAACACACCCAUGACAGCCGCCACUGCCGCUGCCGCUGCUACCACCACUGGAACCUCAGCUGGUACCUACACCGCUGAGGGUGGCAGAGGGGCCUCAGCAGGCCACCAUGCGCAACAGAAGCGGCGUGAACUGCACGAGCAACAGCAACAGCACCAGGAACACCAGCAUCACCAGCAGCUGCAGCACCAGCAGCAGUCGUGCCAGCAGGUUUUACAGCUGCUGCGGCAGCGCUGUGCAGUGCUGACCAGCAGCGGUCAGCGGGUGCUCAGCCAUGGGGUGCUGCUGCCACCACAGCAGCCGCCUCAGUCCCAUGCGCUCCAGCAGCAGCAGCAGCACCCACAAGAAGACGCACGCAGCAGAGGUGCUGCAGGUGUGCUGCCGGCAACACCGUACGCUGAGGCUGUGGCCAGCGACCAGCAACUGGCGGAGUUGCCGGGCGGUGGCAGCAGGGCGCUGUACCUGCCUGCUGCCAUGACGGCUGCUGUCACUGCUGCUGCGAUCACUGGCCCGGGUGCGUCACCAGCCUCGCCUGGCAGUGUUGGGCGGCCGGAUCCGAGCAUUGGAGAGCUGCUGCCGUUGUUGUUGCGGAGCCCGGGUGCUGGCGCGGAGAAGGCGGACGCCGGGAGGAAGCGGGGUGCGAAGAGGAGCACGGCCAAGGGGAAAGGCAAGAGGGGUGCUGGUGCAGCGGAGGAGCGCCAGACGCUGGCGGCAGUGACGGUGGCGGAGGAGGGGGAAGAGGAGUGGCCGCUGCUGGACGAGGUGUAUGUGAGGGCGUUUCCAGGCCUCGCGGCCCAGUGGCACUGGCUAUUCCAGCAGCUCGGCGUCUUCACCUUCCCGAGACCCGCACCGCGACGCCUGCUCCUCACGUCCGCUGACCUGCCGGGCAGCCCCUGGGGUUGCAGCAGCUCGGCAGUGGGGGCAUUGACGGCGCGGCCGGGUGGCCCGUGGGUCGUUCUGGACUGGUCUUGCCCUCCGCUGACGCGCCUGAUGAGGCAGGCGAUAGUGGCAGGGGCGGGGCCGGCGGCUGACAGGUUCUUCCAGCUGCUGGCGGCUCACUGGGAGCACUGCACGCCCGCCCUGGAAGCCCGGCUGGUAGAGGCUGCAACGGAGGGAGAUCCCCAGCGGGUCGGCGACGGCAGGGCUGACUCAGCCACUGCUGUACCAACUGCUGCCGUACAAGUAACUGGGGCAUCAUUGAUCGCUGCUUCGGGGGCGUUGGGGGGCAUGACGAUGACGGCAGCGCCCAUUACCGCUGCAGCGUUGGGUCCGAGCACUCUUGCUAUGGUUCUGCGGAACACUGCUUGGCUGCCAGCAAUCCUCCCACGUGCUGGCAACAACGGCAACAGCAACACAGCAGUUCGUGCGCUUUUACGGCCAUCUGACGCCUACGCCCCGCUGCCACAUGUACGGCGACUACUGCACGACCAUGUGCCGUACGUUGACCUGCCGUACGGGGGUGUCGCGUACGGCAUUGCGACAUCACCAUCCAUAGCAGGAGCUGAGCGAAGUACGGCAGCAGCUGAUGGCGCUAACAGCGGCAGCAGUUACAACAGCGGUGGUGGAAUGGACGGAUGGCCUGGUGUGAUGCUUCACCAGCUUGGGGUGCGAUCACAACUGACGCCGGCAUGUGUCCUGCGACUGCUGUCUGACUGGUCGCGUGGAGG